AUGGUACGAAGCUAUGAGAAUUAUGAAUUUGGUUUUUCUUGGGGAAUCAUUGUGUCUUAUCAAUCAAACAGCGUAUUUAUUGAUGAUAAAGAAAUAAAUGAAUUAUUUAAAGCAAAAAGUGGUUUAGCAGUAGUUCCUGCACUUGAAGACGUUAUCAUAUGGGAUGUUAAGAAGGGAGAAAAAGUUUUUAGAUGGCGAGAUGCAGACGGAAAAGCAGAGACAACAGUGAUUAAGCAAAAUAAGGCAAAUAAAUUCAUGUUUGCAGUAGGAUAUGGAGAUGGACUAAUUCGCCUUUGGUCUCUUGAUAAAGACCAAGUUUUAAUGAAAUUAAACGCUCAUCGAUCCAGUGUAACAGCACUUGCUUUUGAUAUUACUGGAACAAGGCUUGCUAGUGGAUCUCAUGAUACAGAUAUUAUUGUUUGGGAUAUUGUUUCAGAAAUGGGUUUAUAUCGUUUACGUGGCCACAAAGACCAAAUUACAGGAUGUCUAUUUCUUCGUACUCCUCUUGAGGAUGAAACAGGAUUUAUUGAUCCAAAUGAAGAUAGUUCAUGGAUCAUUAGUGUUAGCAAAGAUUCUUUCAUUAAGUUAUGGGAUCUAAAUACUCAACACUGUAUAGAAACACAUGUUGCACAUCGUGGUGAAUGUUGGUCUUUGGGCGUCAGUCCUGAUCAAAAGAUAUGUGUAACAGGUGGAUUAGAUGGCGAAUUAAAAAUUUGGAAUAUUCAGCUAAGUGUUUUUGCCACUAAAACAGAAUUAACUGCAGAAACAUACCAUCGAUUAACACUCAAAUCUACUCUAAUAAAAGAAAGCAAAGAACGUGUAACUACGGUUGUAUUUCAUCCACAAGGUGAUAUGUUUGCAUGUCAUGGAGCAGACAAAAUGAUUGAAAUAUAUAAAAAAAGAGAUGAAAAGGAACUUAAAAAAUUAUUAAAUCGAAGAAAAAAGAGAAGCCGUGAAAAAGAUAAUAAUAAUGAUGAAAAUAUUUCAUUAAAACCUGAAGACGAGAUUGUUUUAUAUACAAGUAUUAGAACAUCAUCUAAAAUUAGAUCUAUUGAUUGGGGAUUUUUUGGACAAAAUCCAAUUAAGAAACAUGUUUUUCAGUUACUUGUUUCACUUUCAAACAAUAUUAUAGAAGUAUACGAUAUUCCUGUUAUACCUAAAUUUAAAGCUUCUAAUCCACCAGAAUGUUUAAAAGCAUUUUCUAUUGAAAUACAGGGUCACCGUUCUGAUAUUCGUUCUUUGUCAAUAGAUUCUAAUGAUGAGAUGUUAGCGUCUGUUUCUAAUGGAAGUUUAAAAAUUUGGAAUAUAAAAACAGGAAAAUGUAUAAGAAGUUUAGAUUGUGGUUAUGCAUUAUGUUGUAGUUUUUGUUUGGAAAAUAAAUUUGUAAUUUUAGGUACAAAAGGAGGUCAUCUAGAAUUAUUUGAUAUUCCUUCUAGUACUAUGAUUGAACGUGUUGUAGCUCAUGAAGGGUCUAUUUGGUCUCUUAAAAUUCAACCAAAUAAUCAAGGAUUCAUUACAGGAAGUGCUGAUAAAACAGUUAAAUUUUGGGAUUUAAAGAUUGACAAGAAUUCUUUAGAAGAAGGAGUACUAAAACUUUGUAUAAAGGAAACGCGCGUUUUAAAAUUAACAGAUGACGUUCUUUCUGUUUGUUUUUCUCCUGAUGGUCGUUUAAUUGCAGUAUCGCUUUUAAAUGCUACGGUCAAAGUAUUUUAUACAGAUACUUUGAAAUUUUUCUUAUCAUUAUAUGGACAUAAACUUCCUGUUUUAGCUAUGGAUAUUUCUUCAGAUAGUAAACUUUUAAUUACAUCUUCUGCAGACAAAAAUAUAAAAAUUUGGGGUUUAGAUUUUGGGGAUUGUCAUAGAAGUAUUUUCGCCCAUCAAGAUAGUAUUAUGCAAGUUGCUUUUGAAAAAAAGGGUCAUAAUUUUUUUUCUACAGGAAAAGAUAAAUUAAUUAAGUAUUGGGAUGGUGAUAAAUUUGAAAAUAUUCUUAAAUUGGAAGGGCAUCACAGUGAAAUAUGGGCUUUGGCAAUUAGCAAUAAUAAUCAAUUUAUAAUUACAGGUAGUCAUGAUCGUAGCAUAAGAAUAUGGUAUCAAACUGAUGAACCAAUUUUUUUGGAUGAACAGAAAGAAAAAGAAUUAGAAAAGUUAUACGAGAAAGAUUUAGUUGAAAAAUUAGAUAAAUAUGAAAUGAAUGAAAAUAAAAAAGUAGAUGAGCUUGCUUCAGCUGGGAAACAAACUUUAGAAUCAGUAAUUGCAGGAGAGAAAAUCAUCGAUAGUCUUGAAAUCGGAAUAAAGGAUAUAGAAUUAAUGAAAGAGCAUGAAGAGGCAAAAAAAAAUAAUAGUAAUUUAAAAAACCCCAUUAGAAAUCCAAUAUUUAUUGCAAAUGGAAAUAUUUCUGCUGAAGAAUAUGUGUUAAAUGUACUUGAAAAAAUUCAUUCAAGUCAUUUAGAAGAUGCUUUGCUUGUGCUUCCAUUUAAAAGUGUAACGUAUAUGUUUGUAUUUAUUGAUCUUUGGGCAAAAAAGGGAUGGAAUAUUCAAUUAAUAUCUAGGAUUUUGUUUAUUCUUUUAAAAAUACAUCAUCAUCAAAUUGUUGCAAAUAAAAAUAUGCGGUCUAUGUUAGAUUCUAUUAGAAUCAAACUACGUGAAGAAUUACAAAUUCAAAAAGAUAUGAUAGGUUAUAAUUUAGCUGCUUUAAAAUAUAUCCGUCAAAAUUGGGAAAUUCAACAUACGAAAGAAUUUUUUAGUGAAGAAGAAUAUAAAAAGCAAUUAGAAAGUGGAAAAAAACGAGUCUUUUCGACACUAACACUAUAA